AUGGAUGUGAGAGAACUGACUCUAUCUCAGGUGGACAUGGCCUGCAGGGGCUGCGCACGACCUAGGGGCCUGGCCUGGGUCCUGCAACUGACCGUGGCAUGGAUCCUGCUAGGGGCUUGUGGAGGGGGCCGUGCACUCCCCAUCAGAUCCCAGAGACGCCACAGGCUGGCAGCUAAUCUGGGUCCCAGCCAGCUGCACCUAGCAGUUCCCUUUUCUGUUUGUUGUCCCUCAGAGAUGGACACAGCAGAGGCACUGGAACCUGGAAUCCUCUCGGAGGGCUGCAGGAAGCCUAGCCCUAGGUGCGAAUCCGUUCUGGGACACCUCCAGGUUGCUCUCCGCAGUCACUUCCGCUUCCUGCUUCUGGGGGUACACCAGACACAGCUGCUCUGCCCCGAGCUCUGCCAUGCCUGGGUUGCCAUCUGCAAAGGUGAUAUCACCUGCGGCCCGACCUGGUUCCCACCCCUGGACAAGAGGGACUGCAACCCCAGCUGCAGCACCUCCGGGCAGACCUUCACUGACGGGAGGGACCUCUGCCGCUCGGUCCUGGGCUACACGCUGCCGGCGGUCGUUCCUGGCAGUGGUGACUGCCUCAACAUGUCCAUCUCGGUGCUUCCGACUCGCAGACAGGGGCGGAGGGCCCGGGACACCUCCGGUCCUCGCUUCCGCCGCCCUCGCGCCUGGAUCCAGGACAUCGCGGGCAGCGGCAGCGGCAGCGGCAGCGGCAGCGGCAGCGGCCUCUAG